AGUGAGAUCAGUCGGGUGCGUGUCGUCCGAGUCGUUUUAUUUUGAAAUAUUCUUCGAGGGCUGUUUAAGCUUUAACAAAACCAUCCUCACGAAAAUACGGCAGAGACGCGCCGAGAAUUUCAUCUCUUCCAAGUUAUCGUCCUAGUAUCGCAUGUCCACUAUCCAGAACCUCCAAUCUUUCGAUCCCUUUGCUGAUGCAACUAAGGGUGACGACUUAGUCCCGGCGGGGACAGAGGACUACAUACACAUAAGGAUCCAGCAGCGGAACGGCCGCAAGACGCUGACUACUGUACAGGGCAUAGCAGAUGAUUACGACAAAAAGAAGCUGGUGAAGGCCUUCAAGAAGAAAUUUGCCUGUAAUGGGACUGUGAUUGAGCACCCAGAGUACGGGGAGGUGAUCCAGCUGCAGGGAGACCAGAGGAAGAACAUCUGCCAGUUCCUCCUGGAGAUUGGGAUCGUGAAGGAGGAGCAGCUGAAGGUGCACGGGUUCUAGAGGGGAUGCUGACAGCCAGCGCCCCCCCCUCCCUCUCUUAGUCCCCCCCUCCAAAAAACAUGCAUUGAACAAGAAAGUUUAGCAACACGUUAUCUGCUGAGAGGCAAUAAAAAGAAAAAACGAAAUCCCCGCAACGAACGAACAACGCUAACUACACAAGCCUGACUUUGUCCUUGUGGGAAGAACAAAACUUCUUGGGUCUUUUCCGUUACAUUAUUUGUUUCUUUUUUCCCUUUUGUGGUACCAGACUGAGGUGUGUGCUGGUUUCCUGGGGUCACCAGCCUGUCUGAUGUCCAGGUUCUGCGGCGGUGGCCGGUAGGGUUUGGUUGUAGUGAGGAACCACACGUGCUGCUGCGUGCCUGGCCUCCUGGUUAGUUUAGGUAGCAGUCUUUCCACGCCCCCAUCCCGUGUGGUCAGGGGAAUGAGGCUGUGUUAUCCAGGAAGUGUGGGGAUGUCUGGGACAUGUACCCUCUGGAUAUUUGGCUAAACUGGGGUCGCCUGGGCCUUGGGUCGUCCUGCUCGUCCUCCACCUCUCCCGUCUGGACUCGGAUCCUGGGUCUGGGGGGGGGGGGGGCGAUGAAAGGGCCACACCUAUGUGACAGUCUAAACCCCCGCCCCCCCUCGCUAGGCCUGUCAGGGUUUUAAAAGCGCUGCUUCUCGUUUUUAACAAUCGUUCCUUUUUAAUAGAUCUGUCCAGUGGUUAUUUAAGGGGGGUGGAGGGUGAGGAGUGUUAGAACCUGUGAGUUGGUGUGGGGGGGUCCCAGAUAGGCUGUCCCUGCUGCGUUUGUAUUUAUUCCCCCCCCCCCCGAAGUGAUCUCAGCGGCUUUGGCGGGUUGUGAGCGUGUUCUGAUGUCCUCUGACCCAAAACUGCCUGGAGUGAGAGAGUAGCUCCGCUGCUCCUGGCCUAUGCAACUGCACCCCCUCCCCCCACUGUACUAACACACCCCCCCCUCGCCCCCCCAAAUGGGUGUGACCGGGCUGUGCUCUCCGGUUGGGUUUGGUCGGUCCAGUUAUAUUUCUAUAAGACAGUAACUUUUUUGGCAGAGGAAACGGUUUUUACCUUCUUUUUUUUUUUUCCCCCCCUAAUUUUUUUUUUUAUUGCCUCCCAGUGUGUAGGUGAUUCGUGGUUCCUCAGGUACACACCUCUUUAACCCCCCCCAACAGGACUGAUCUGGGUCAAUUUGAGGCAUCUUGACUCAUUCUCUAUGGCAGCCAACACGUCACAUGAUUUAGACUGUGACCCCCCUCCCCUCCACCUUCUAGAGCAGGAUCUGCCUCCGUACCAUCUGACCCAGUGGGUUGACUGCAAACAAGAUGCGUAGCCAUGGUGACGGUCUGUCGUGCGGUGAAGGCAGGGUUCUGUUUUUGUCGCUUGCGACACCAGAGUCGUCCCUGCCUUCUGGGUUGCCAUAGUCACCCCCCCCCAGAGCAGUAGGUGUAAUCACUGCCACCUGAAUCUGGUUCAGACCAGGCGUAUUCACAGGAGUGCUGGUGUAGGAUCGUUUUGGGUUUUGGCUCCAGGGGGAGGUUUGUGUAUGGCCAGUGUGGAUGACCUGACAGGAGCGGUUUGCUAGCAUUUUUUCUAUGGAGCACGUUUGAUCCUGAAUUGAAAAACUUAGGAGCACGCUAAUCCCUCCCAGCUAGUACACGUGCGCCCAAUUUAACAUUCACAAAACCGGUCGCGCACGUCUGGUUUUGUGGUGCAGUUGCUCCUGGAAGGGGAGCGCUGUAGACCCCCUGCAGACAGACCACUGCGGACAGACCCCCUGAGUCGGCGGUCCUGGUCUGAGCCGCUGUGUGGAUUUGGGCCCAGGGCUGCGCUGUGGGACGCUGUGCUGUGCGGGACCCGCCGAUCGUAACCUCGCCUGGAUGGGCGGUGCCUCGGCCCAUCCUCCCGCCACUCCCGCGCGCAUCGCGCUCCGUGCCGCGCGGGUCCCUGAAACAGCCGCUAACCGCAGCUGCGUCUGCCUCCCAGCCCCCCGGGUGCAGCUCGGCUCUGAACCAAAUGAGACCCAGGCACUGUACCAAACCUGAGAUUGUGGAGCGCGUUUCAGUAAGACAAGCUUUUAUUCUCAUUUCUUUUUUUUCUUUUUUUUUGGCACAAGGCGGACUUGAAUAUUCUUUUUUGUUUGUCAAAACUCCUACCAGCAAUAAAACAGACAUUGGAAAAAAUAAGAGAAUUUUCUGAAGACGGUUGUUGCUAAACUUUUUUAUUCUUUCAAUGUUUUAAGUAUUCUCAUGAAUAUUUACAGCUGAAAAUAUGAUGGAUGAUUCUCCUGUGAUGUUUUGAGUCGCAUGCUUGAUGCCGUGAUUGGACGGCUGCCCUGUUCGAUUAGAAUCGUGUUUAUUUGAAUUUUUUUCUUUUUCCAAUAAAAGCCGGUAACAGUU